AUGCAUAUCCCUGCUUCAAACUGCCUUCUGCUGACAUACGAUUUGGAAAGAGGUAACUGUUUUCUCAUUCUUUACAGAGAAGCUGAGAUCCCGUGUGUGAUAAUUUCUGGAAUAGCCAAGGGCUCUAACUACAGUGUGGGUGACCAGGAGCUAAAAGGAGAAACCUUCUGGAAUGCUGUGUAUGUGGAAGGCGGUUGGCAUCUGUGUCAUCCGCACUGGGCAUGCCAAUCAAUCGCGGGCUACCAAGCUAAACAAUGGAUCAAAGUGGAGGAAGACGGGCGACAGGUGGACCAACAAGCGCAGCCAUCACUCGGAAAGUUGAUAUCUUAUCAAGAUUCAUUUUACUUUCUAACAGAACCCAAUCACUUCAAAUAUUUCUGCAGACCGCACGAGGACCAGACAGCGUGGCAGCUGUUACCAGAACCUGCCUCUCUGGAAAAAUUUAUUAACUUUCCACUAAUUACAUCAGCUUUUCUGACGUCCUCAGCUAGGUUCAUGUUUCGAUGUGGACAGAUUAAUACCAUCAAGGCAGACUGUGGUGAAAGUGAAGUGGUGAUCAUUGCUGAGAACAGUAAAUGGGAAGGACAGUUGGCGUACAUGCUGUACUACAGGGCAGAUUCAGAAAACCAGUUUUCGUCAGAAGCAUCUUCUGAACAACAUGUCGUUUUAUGUAACUUGAAUUCUGAAAAUGAAAUCAAGUUCCUCAUACGAUUCCCCACUGCAGGAAUCUAUCGACUUACGGUUAUAGACAAGAUGAAAUCGAAGUGGCUCUGCGACUUCAAGCUUGUCUGUGAUGAGCCGCUACCUCACUGCAACCCCUUGCCUCUGAAUCCAGAUAUAGGCUGGGGUCCUGGUGAAGCCUCAAAACGAAAUGGAAUCAGCAAUUUGUCUCACACAGACGGAAUAAUUAAAGCUAAUAAAGAUGAAAAACUGGAGGUCGCCUUUAACACGAAAGAGAACACGGACAUAGAAGCUCGACUGAAGCAUUUCAAGAAGUCUGACGAAGAACUUGAGAAGUUCGUCAAUAAGAUACAGAAUCAGUCAGCCGUGUCGAUCAAGCUGAAUCUCCCCGACAAUGACGAGUACGCUCUCACUAUAGACACCAGGUUACCCACGGGGAUGUUUGAGAACGUCCUCAACUACCUCAUUAGGUCAACGAAUAAGAAGCACCAUGAUGCGAAAUCAAAAGAAAAGCGAAUCACGGAGAACCUGGAGUUUGCGAUACAGGACCAAAAUCGAGGCCGGUUGGUAACAGCAAUAGAGAAGUUCAAGCAGCUCGGACUAGAAGACUCCGGUAUUCUGACGAGAGCCAACGAUCGACUGGACGCUCUCCGGAUCAAAGACGAUCUUCACCACGCCAUUCUCGCAGGUCGAAUCGACAAGCUGGACAAAGCGAUCAAGAAUGCCAAUAGAUCGAAACAUGUCAACGAGCUAGGUGGAAUUAUUGAGAAGGCCAAGAAAACAUUGUAUGACGUCAAACAGAGUGGACGAUAUGGCCAGUCAUAG